AUGGCCUGCAAAGCAGAUACAGAGCAGGAAACUCAGAGAUUAAGACACAGUGUUUCCUCUGACAAGAACAAACUGGAGGAAUAUGAAUCUUCUUUGCAUAAGGAAGACCCUGAGUGUCAGUCGGAGCUUGAUGUAAUCCCUGAUACAAUGCUACAGGUUGAGGGAGAGUGUUUCUAUGUCAACCGACAACGACUGGCCCUCCAGAGUCCUUACUUCAGAGCUCUCUUCUUUGGCUGUGGAAGGGAGAGAAGCAAAAAGCACGUUGAAAUCAGAGGAGUGGGCCUGGACCACUUCCGGAUCUUGAUGGCAUUCACAGAGACAUCCACUCUACCACUGGAUAGGGAGAACGUUCUAGGGAUCCUUGAGACUGCAGAUUUUCUCCAGCUGGAGCGAGCCAGGCUGCUGUGCUGCAAGUUCCUAGAAAGGGAGCUCCACCUCAGCAAUUGUUUGGGAAUGAUGAGCUACGCCUGGCACCUUGGCUGUACACAGCUCUACAAGGCAGCAAGACAGGUGGUGCUCACACACUUCCCUGCUGUUGCCUCUGACGAGGACUUCCUGUCUCUGUCUAAGGAAAGUGUUGCUGACCUUCUCGCCAGCGAUGACCUGUCCAUCCCCAAAGAUGACUUGGCCCUGGAGGUCACCAUUCGCUGGGCAACUGUUGACUCCAGGCGGGAAGAACAUUUUCUGGAACUAAUUGAGCUGGUGAGGCCUGAGUGUCUCUCUUUGCCAUAUAUCACUGAACUCUUGACCCGUAUCAAAGGGUCUGACCCAAGUGCCAAGCUCAUCUGUAAAUUGAACGAACAUUUCCCAGCCACUUGGUCCAUGGGCAGAUCAAUACAUCGGACCAGGGCCAGAGAGACUUUGUUUGUCCUGGGUGGACCUCAUGAUCAGGAGAAACAGGCACUGUACCAGUUUCACCCUCUCAGUGGUAGAUGGAAGAACUGUGCCCCUCUUCAAAGGAAGAACCUCACGCAGUACUCUGUAGCUGCAGUAGGAGACAAUUUGAUUUUGACAGGCGGAUACUUCCGUGAUGUGCUGUGGUUCAGUGUGGAUUGGGUCAGGAUUUACGAAUGUGGGAACCAGCGCUGGGUUGAUGGGCCGGCCUUGCAGAAGUCAAGGCACAGCCACUGCUCCAUAGGGCUGGAUUCAGUGCUGUAUGUGCUUGGGGGGAGCAUGGAUGAAGGGCCUGUGGCUGAUGUGGAGAAGCUGGUCCUUGGGUCAGAAGAGGGUUGGGAAGAGAUAAGCCCCAUGGUGAGGGCAGUGGAGAGGGCGGCUGUCGCUUCGCUAGGCUCCUGUAUCUAUGUAGCAUGUGGAUUGGAUGAAAAUGGCGAUGUGUACAGUGGAAUUCAGAGGUAUCUGGUGAAGGAGGAUCAAUGGGAUGUCGUAUCCUACUCCCCAUUUCCACGGUAUGACCUUUUAGCUACAGAGCUCAAUGGUGCCCUCUAUCUGUUUGGAGGCCAAACACUGCGUCUGGAUGUGGAAACAGAUGAGUGGACUAUUCUAAAGGAGGAGUGCCUGGACAGAAAGUUCUUCUCGGGCUGUGCCACAGUCAAUGGUCAGAUAUACCUGGUCAGUGAGAGGAAGACCAAUAAAGCAUUCCCCAAUAUGGUAUUGCUGGACCCCUACAUAGACACUUGCAUAGAAAUAGAUGAUGCCAUACCCUGCCCUGUGCCCCUCAGGGGGUGUGUCACCAUGCAAUUGUUCAUAUGA